UUCGUUAUCACCAUUACCUCUUCCAAAUCAGAAUAAGUUGGAUGAGGCGGGUAUAUCAUUAGAGGAUGUACCUGUAGUCAUAAUUCCGCCUCAUGAAGAGAUUGGUAUAGUCAAUCCAAGUGCCGAAGUUGACUCUCCCGCAUCAUCAGCAGAUAGUAUGGUAUCGAUCCAAGCAGUGUUCAACUUACUUCGAAGCAUCAAUGAUCAAUUGGUAAAGUGUGAUUUAUUAUUGCAAAGUCACACAGAUAAAUUAAAUGGUAUAGAAAAAAAAUUAAACAUUUUACCAUUCCAACAAGAUAUUCCAGUUUUAUCCAUCGAACUUCCCCUUAAAACAGUUGAAGAAUUGGAACAUUUUGAAGAAACUUUAAAAGACGAGACCCAAUUGGCAGCAUUGAAACAUAUUUUGAAGCGCCUCGUCGAAUCUACGGAGCGGAGUUCUGUUUUUAAAAUGCUUUCUAAAAUGUUCGAUUUUGAACUGGCAACAAUUUGUUCCUGGAAGGGUCGAAAACAAAAUUAUAGAACUGAAAACCUUGCACUGAUUAAAAUUCUGAUUGAAACAGUUCAUGAUUCUUUCCCUUACGCAAAGGAUGGUGUGAUCGAGCAUGCAGGCAUUGACUGGUUUCGAGCUGCUCAACAGCGAUUUGCAAGAAGGAAGAAUACACUGCAGUGACUUUACAAGUGUAAUCAAUGCAGUCACAUGGGAUUUCUUUAUUUAAAUUAUGUUAAGUUAAUUAUUCAUUGACUGAACUUUGAUUAGGAUAGUUUUUUAUCUGUAAAAAUUAUUUGUAUUCCUUGUUUUUUUUAUUGUA